AUGAUUAACGGCAUAGUCUUGCUGCUAUUUUUGCCAGUGAUCGUUACUGGACAACAAAUAAUUCAGUUUCAAAAUGCACAGAGCUUGAAAAGAGAUCAGGAAAAGGGCAUAUUUUAUGCUCAUUUUAAAGCUCAUCACCAACAUCGUUUGAAUGUGUUGCCUAUAAAGAAAAAUGCAUUAAGAACUCAACAGGAGUGUGGCCAAUUUUGUGCUGAUACAAAAACAUGUUUUUCCUUUAACGUAGCUUCAGUGACGGACGCUAACAACAAACUAGUUUGCGAGCUUUUGCCGACUGACAUUUUUAACAAAUCUGAGAAAUUUGGUUCUAAUCCUAGUUUUCAUCACUUCAGCAUAAAGGUAAGAAAUUGCUAUUUUAUUAUUCGGCUCUUUUUUGUUUUGUUUUGUUUUUGUACUUUCACGAUGGGUAGUACAUAUUUCAACCAAUUUUCUAACGAAAUGUUUUUAGGGUGAAGGAAAUCCUUCUUUUCAGCGGCAUUGUUUUUGUUUGGGAAUAAGCUAUAUUGAAUUGUGUUAUGGGACCAUCAGUAACGAUGUCAAUGCUUAAUUCUCAGACACCCUGUUCCAAAAAGCCCUGCAAGAAUGGAGGAAGUUGUGUGGCAAAGUAUGAAGAAGACGCGUUUCAAUGUGUAUGCGCCCCAGGGUAUACAGGAACACACUGCGAAACAGGUUAGGCGAUCUCAUUUUGUUAUAAAGUUCAAAGAGGAAAAGCUAAUUAAAAUUGGCUUCGUUUUUAAACUACAACGGGGAAAAAUUCAAUGAGAAGAAUUAUUUUAAAGGUCCUUACAGAGGAAAACCAGCUUGAAAUGCAGUCACUUCAUGUAUUUAUUAUUGGGAGUAGAUGAUGAUUAUUAUGUUAAACAAAUAGACAACUGUAGCAAGCUGCAUCAGUCAAACUAAUGAGAUGACGAUAUUAAGAUACAAUUGUUACAUCGCCAAACUAUCAAACAAAACUGAAGAGGCGUAGUGAGAGUGUCUUAUAUGCACCGUUGGGCUUUCAAUUAAUAUUAUUACACCUAAAAAAACCACUUAAAAGAAAUCAGUGGAACUUGACUAGUUGCACACCAAGAUAUAAACUUAAUUAACCCGCUUUAGUGUUCGGCUGUUGCCAAGGCUGUUAAAGCUAGUAAUUUUCGAAUUCAAAACGUGCUGCUGUUCACAGUUCUUAUGCAUGUUUUAAGCUUUACUUGAAAUAUUCUGAGUUAAUUUUUGCAUAAACUGACUUUUCUCCAUAAAACUGUCAGAGAACUUGUUUCUUAAUUUCUUUCUUCUUAUUAUUACUUAAAUCUAUUACUAAUGAAAGCCCUAAAAUUCGGUUUUUAACGAAUGCCGAAAAAGAAAAGGGUUACGGCAUAUAAGAAAGUAACUUGGAAGAACUCAGUGUUGGGUUGAGAUUUCCAUUCAGUACAAGCAACCUAAAAUUUGAAACAGUUCCCGCUUUAUGUAUACUUAGUUCAAAGAAUUUUUCAAAACCUGAUAAAGAGCUUACAGUGUACGUGUUACCUUCGGAACUGGCAUGCAUUAAAAAUGCAGGUGUGUAUAGUUGUGCUUUGUUUUACAGUCGACUGUCUCUUAACGGACACCUCUAUAAGACAGACACCUCUGUAAAACGGACACUUAUAGUUGGUCCCUGCCUUUGCUUAUUCCCUUUAUUUGACUCUUUAUAAGACGGAAAUCUCUCUAAGACGGACACUUAAUGCCGAUCCCAAAGGUGUUCGUCUUGGAGAGAGUGGACUGUACCAUUAAUUGGUAUUAUUAUUCAUUCAAAAUAUUUCCCCAAUUUUGAUUGGCUAAAAGCACGCGCAUAACUCACCAUAACCAGUUACUGAUGACCAAAUUUGGAAGAAUUUUGUGUUUAACGAAGAAAUGACGUCAAUAAUACAGCCUGCUAUACAGGUUAAUUAAGGCACCGUUACCUAGAAGACCUGGGGACGAGGUUGAGUUGUUUUUGGUUGUGAAAACAAAACUAGCGGACACUUCACUCGUUUCAAGAGUAACAACUAUAGCUGGAACUAGGCGAAAUAAUAGCUAAAAACAUAGCAAAAACAGUAAGAAGACAACUCGGAAGGCGACAUCUGCUAUUUGGAGAAUAUUUGAGGAGCUGGACAAACCUAAACGUACACUAUCGAAGAUGAACUUAACAUCGAUGCAGGUAAGCAUGUUUUAGCCAGAUGUUUUUAAACUAGGAAUUGCUUUGAAUGAAUAAUAAAGCAAUUAAUGAAUUCGACUUUCGUAGCAUACAUAGGAUAUGAAGAAUUAAGCAGAUCGAGGAGGGUGUUAUCCACCCAGGCCGAAGCCGAAUCACUAAUUGCUAAUUAAAGCACAUUUGAAGAAAUAAAAUAACUGAAAUAUAGGUCGUUGUAUUCAUAUUAACACUGACGUCGCGUAGAAGUUUUUCUGAGCUUUUUGAAGCUAGAUUUGUCUUUCUCUUUAAUUAUUAUUAUAGUUUGAUUUUAUAUAAGCAAGUAGAGAUUACUAAUAUUAUUCAAGCAACAAGAAUAAAAUACCACUCUUUUGGUAAGAAAAUGAAAACCUGUUCAGGAACCUGACCUAAUUUCCUAGGUAACCAUCAAUUAUAAAGAAAAUUUUCGAGGCUAGCCAGUACGAAAAAUCGAGGGUCUUUCAAGAAGGUUUUUAGUAUGUUACAGCUGGUAUAUCGACAAGUAUACAUGUGCCAUAAUAUACAAAGUUGCGGAGCCAUCUUCGUGAUCAUACGCGUUACAUCAAGUGACCUUGUCGGGAAAAAUGAAUCAAAUUCUUAUCAUCCAUCUUAAAGCUUAAGGGAGUAGACUGAAUUUCAAAACACGUCGUUUCUCGUCCUGAAAAGAAGAUAGCCAUGUCCGUGUCAGUAUUUUACAAUUUUAUUUGCGCUUGUCUUCGUCGACGUCGCAGUUUCAAAACAAAUUUGCGUUGUCGUAAUUUCAUCUGUCUCUAAUGUCGCUGUUUUCCACGCCAUGACGCUUUCAGGAAAUCGACAUGAAGGUUCUAUACUUGCAAACUUUUUCUGAUGAGUCAAAUGCGUCAGAUUUUUUUCUUGUCAUGAUCUGGAUUUUCCCAGCGACUUCCAAAGAAUUCUGACGAUUUUCCGAAGACUUCCGAAAAUUGCCGAAAUAUCUGAAGAUGUUCCAACGGAGAAUGAGCACUCGCGGAACUUUUCGGAAACGCAUCAGUUUCUAUGAUAUGGCAAAGUUAGGACACAAAGUCAUCAUUAGGGCCUUUUUGGAAUAUCUACUGGGAGAUUGAAUCAAAUUUCGUUAUUAAUGAUGUGGUAAAGAACAACGUACCCAGAUUUGUGAAUCAGGAGUGAGAAAUUGUCCUUGAUGCGUGAGAUCAAUGUCCUUAGUCUGCAAGCGUGAGACUCACGCAUAAUGCGUCUCUAAACGCAAGAGAGUCACAAGCGUCCAACCCACAUUAAACAUAGACUUGAAAAUGCCCAUUUUAUCCGUCCUGUUUAGGAGUUGGGUGAGUUUACGCAACAGGACGGCGGAAAGAGGGGGACGGCAAAACGCUUUUGUGUGACAAAAGUGACUGGGCCAUUACUUUCAUGUUUUGUCGUAAUCUUCACUAAAUAUUUUUUACAUAAGGAUCUGUUGCAUUUUCAUUAGAGUUACUAGAAUGGAGUCGCAAAUUUUCUGAUUUUUGGGGUAAGACAGUUUUUCAUAUUUACCGUUAUUAAACGUACCGCAGAACUUUGUACUGUCGAUGAAAAGUAAGGUGUUCUUCAUGCAAAAUAAGGUAGAUACAUAAUAGAAAGUGACUAAGUUGGGAUCGCGAAAGUUACGUUUUUGCCCAAAAGUGACAAAGAUGGGGUCUAUAACUGGGCACAGAAUAGACUAUAUAUUUCUGAGAGGCCAGCAGCACAUACCAGCAAAAAUUAACCCAAGUACGUAUACCCCCCCCCCCCCCCCCCCCCCCUGUCGCACAGAAAUCACAGAGAGCAGGUAAAACAGUGAAAACAACAACAUCUAUAUGUUUAACGGAGUCAUACACAACAACGUAAAAGAGAACUAUAAGUACGUCUCCCCCCCCCCCCCCCCCCCGUUAGGGCGUUAGGACAAUCCUGUCUGCUUUGGGUCUUUAUCUUUUGAACUGACCUUGAUCUGAGUACAGUCAAACCUCGUUCAUACGGACAUUGAGGGGGGCAUAGAAAGUUUCCGUAUUAACGGGGUGUCCGUAUUUAGUGGGUUGAAUUAAGAGAAAAUAUAAGGGCUUUCUUUCGCCAUGGACAAAGAAAACUGUCCGUAAUAAUGCGGUAUCCGUAUUAAGCCGGUGUCUGUAAAGCGGGUUUUGACUGUAACUUGUAUUUGCCUUUCAGAUAUAAACGAGUGUGCUAGCAGCCCGUGCCAGAAUGGUGGGUCAUGCAGCGACCUCGUGAACAAAUUUGUCUGCGCUUGUCCUCCAGGGUACGGUGGGGUCCUUUGUGAGGCUGGUAAGUAAAUGGUGUGAGGGGUACAGUCGAGUUUAGGGUCUAUUGUAAGGAGGGUACAUGUAUUUCAGUACAAAUAUGUUGUGAGCAACAUUGGGGAGGGCUGACAUUGUAUUCUUUGGAAUACAUAAUCAUGGGAUCAUUCUAUAAUACAUCUGUAUUGCUCUUUUUAUCGAAGACUGUAGGCAUGGUGUAGCAACUCUUAAUCACGAAUCCGGCCCGAAAAAAAUAACGCACAAUGGCCUGCACACAAUUUCACGUUCUAAACAGGACUCUCCUUGAGGCCUAAUAAUAAAAAAUGCCAAAUUUCGUACAUGUCUUGGCAGAAGAAGUCCAAAGCGUCCUGUCGGUGUCUUUGCAAAGCAAAAAAAAAAACAUACUAGACAAAACUGAUUCUUAUAUGUGAAACUGAGGGGAUAUCAUUCUUGACUUAAAUCACUCAGCAUACUGUCAUGAGAAUCUGCUUACUCUCAAUGGUUUGGUGGCUAAAUAGUGUCCGAUGUAUAUUUAUGAAUAGUGUCCGAUGUAAUUUGCAAAAGCUAAGAUUGUUACUUCAACUGUUCAAUUUCCCCCGUAGUUCACGGUGGUUACAGUUCAUGGGGUCAAUGGGGCUCCUGUGACGUCUCAUGCGGUGGUGGGACGCGUUACAGAUACCGCGCAUGCACCAACCCUCCUCCUCAGCACGGCGGAAACGACUGCUCUGGACUAGGGUCUAAUGCUCAAACGGAAGUUUGUAACAGCAACAAUUGUCCAAGUAAGUCGUUCAAUAACGAAUUUAAACAGGACUCGCCGCUGAUUUGAUAAUUGCCGUCCCUCAAAAACUCUUUUUGUUGUGGCUUUGAGUUUGGCUGUUCACCUUGGAUCAUAGACAUUAGUAAAAUCGUCAAACCUGCUAUUUUUGUAGUACUAGCUAUAAAGCCACGCAAACUUCCUCUUAGUUGGAUUCCUCGUUUUCGGCAUACCUGACUAUAGCUCUGGACUCCCCGGUGUUUUGAAAAUUGAAAUGCAUGACUGACAGCUAGAGCUUGCGUCGUUCGUUGCUCCGUUGAUUAUGGUACAAAAAGUUAAUAGGGGUUUAAGUUCUUGUGGUUGAUAAAAAAAAUGUUCUUCAUAUGUGUGAGCGUCAUUGUAUUUUAAGCACGAAAGAACAAAUUGAGGACACUAAUUUUACGUCUGCUCGUGGAAACGGGACCGCCAUUUUACGUGGUCAUCCGAGCCACCCGAAGGUCCAGCCGUUUGCAGUCCAAAGGCAGUACCUUCGUUUCUCAGUUAUUUCAAGACUCCAAGUAUUGGUCCGGCGCCGGAAAUCGAACCCGGCGACCCUCCCGCUCUGCAGUAAACAAGCGCCCUACCGACUGACCUAAUCCUACUGCCGCGGUUUUCGGGUAACACGUCCGCCGAUGAUAGAAAACGGUUAGCGUAGAAGUACCGACACUCGUUCUCAGCAGGGCUAGGUUUUGUAAAAUAAAAAACAAGACAAAACAACAAGGAAAUUAAAUGGCUGACCUACUAGUCACCGCCAAAUUUUUUUCGGACUUUAGCUUGUUUCAAAACUUCAUAGUGACCAGCGAACAGUUGCAACUGAGCUUCAAUAUUUGAUGAUGGCGCUCACAUCACCAAGGCGCCACAGUAAACACCCGCAUAUAAGAACAAAUGGAUUAAGAACGACUAGCUGAAAUUUGGCCCAUAAAGCACCAUAUAGAUAUAUGUAUAAGAAACCGAGUUUAGUUUGAUAAAUAAAACGUGUUCUUGUAUAAUAAGGGAGGGGGUGUCGGAAUAAGAAAGCGUUGUAACUACUGGGUUGCUGCUAGACAAUUACAAAACUAUAGCAGUUGCCAUGGGUGUCUUUAGGAUUUUAUGCUCCAGAGGAUCAUGUUAUGCUCCAGCUGGUUGAAGGAUGUAAAUAUCAAAUACAUGUAGUAAACUAUCUGAAAAGAAAAGAUCAAUUAAUUUCAUGUUAUGUGUAGUAUUUCUGAAACAAAGUUUAAGAACAUAUUAAGAACGUCUUCAGGCUGAUUUCUCAAUAAGCACCCGAUAAAUAAGAACUAGAUCAGGCUGAACCCCGAAAUCAUGUGUUCUUAUAUGCCGGUGUUUACUAUUGUAUCACUUCACGAUCAGAGGUUGGACUAACACCCAAGGUCUGCCAGUUGGUCUUUUUAGCCUGGAAGUGGUUUAAGAAUAAUAACGUGUCUGAGAUGAAAUUAAAGUGAAAUUGGUUCCAUUUACCAGUGAGGGGAGCUGGUUUAAACCAGUAACCAAUUAUAUUGACAAAAGCGGUUUUGUUUCAGUUCAUGGUGGUUACAGUUCUUUUGGUCAGUGGAGUUCUUGUUCAGUUGCUUGCGGAAGUGGAACUCGUUCCAGAUCCCGCUCAUGCACAAAUCCCCCACCACAAUAUGGCGGCAAUGACUGUUCUGGAUUGGGAUCAAGUGUUGAAAGUCAAGGUUGCAUCGGUAACAAUUGUCCAAGUAAGAGAGAAGAAAGCAGGUUAUUCUUCAAUACAUAGCACCUGAACAGUAUUCAUUUUUUUUUAAAUUGUAAAAUACUGAGAAACAUUAAUUAAAAAUAAUUUCACACAAGCGAACUACUAGAGAGGUUUCUUUUGAAUAGUUAAAUCACUUUAAAAUUUCGUUCAGAGGAAUAAAAGUUCAAAUAUUUCUCGACCACUUAAGCAGGUAUUUGUAAUGACUCUGGAAGUUUUUCCGUAGGAGGAAGUACGGUGGUGCUUUCCCGUUCUUCCUUUAAGUUUUCACCUGCAGCUAACUUCGCUCGUAGCAGUGAGUUAGCUGCUCAUGUAUGGGUGCCAAAUGAUACGGAGUUCAUGCAAAUGAUCGUUAUUCACAACAUUAUUCAGUUGUAAUUAGGUUAGAACCACUUCUGAAUAACAAACUGCCCAUGUCAAUUGAUCAGUUGUACCUGCUCCUUAAUAUACACGUUUUAGAAUAGUGUUUAGUUUACAAACACUGACCAGUCGUAUAUGGAAUGUUUAAUCAGACUCUCUCUAAUACGGCCACCUUUGAGACCUGCACUAAUCGUGUCCGUCUUAGAGAGAUGCUCUUCUUAAAGACAGUCCACUAAAAGAAGCAAAGAAAGAAGCCAACUGUAGGUGCCAGUUCUAGGGAGUUGUCCGUCUUAUAGAGGUGUCCGUUAAGAAAGGGAUGACUGUAUAAGAAUGCGAGGUCGGCGUUUACACUUAGUAGAAGUGUUUGGAUCUUACAGAAUUGUUUCAGGAUUUAGGCAGUCGUUUUUUGGCCUCCUAUAAAAUCCGUAAACAUUCCCGCAUACCCAUGCAAACUCUUAAACACAUGUUUUGGUUUGUUUAUUUUUUCCUCCAUUUAUUUAUUUUUCAAGCCAUUUAUAUAUAUUGUGUUACAAGAUUUGAAGAUGAAGAUGCCAUUUGAAGAAUAAAUAUCAGGUUACAAGAAUAAAUGGAGAGGGCAGGAUAUAGUUAAACUAAUUACUUGCCCUUUGAUUAAAUUGCAGUUUUAUUUAGUUUAAAAGAGAAAAAAGAGAAACGUAUAAACCCUAUGAACUAUGAAAAAUAUACGAAAAAUAUACAAAAGAGAGGAAAAAGAAAAGCACAUACACACACACACAUAAAAAAUAUAACAUUUGAGAGUCGGUGUAACGAUGAUUAAUACUGAGCAAGAUAAUAGUUGAAAAGUGCUCUUUUAAACAGUUUUUUAGUUGUUUGGUCACGUAUAGAUAAAGGAAUAUCAUUCCAAUAAUAGCAUCCUAUAACAUGUUUAAGUGAUAAAUUUAUGAUAUGUGUCAGCGGUCGAAAUAUUUCACGUGCAGCAGACAGGGGCACCCAACGACAAUUUUCGGAAAAAUAUCUGUUCCGAAGACGAUUUGAGAUCUAGAAUUUUCGGAACAUUUGUUGUAAAAUUUCUUGCUUGCCUGCCUCCCCUAGGAUUUUCGAACAUAUAAAAAAUGGUAAAAUUGAUCAUUUUCAACGGAUUUUUACCCUAAAAAGGUCACCUAGAAUUUUCGGGAGCCUUUUUUCUGGCUGAAAUUUUCGAACAGGUAAGUUUUGAUCCCUAUAAUUUUCGGAUCACUAGACUUUCAGCUAGGAAAUCCGAACAGAUGAAAAAUUUAUAGGGGAUAAAAAUAUGCCCAUAUCCACCGUUUAAAUACUAAAACACGUUUAACAAUUCUAUGUUUAAGUGGUUUUCACCUAUAUUUUCGUUGGGUGCCCCUGAGCAGAGGAUAAUAAAAGCGGGUGUACCGCUGUUUCAUUCAGCUUUACUUUAGCUUUUAAGUUUGAGAUGUCCUGAAUGAUUUGUUUCUGACCUUUGCUCAGUUGCCCAAGCGACUCUCGCACAAAUGUUUCGAAGUCUUCUUCUUCUGAAACUUCUGCCUGUUGCUUCUGUUUUUCUCUCUUAGUUGCAGACAUUGUUUACAUAAAGGAUUUUGACAUGAAAAAUUAAAAUGGAAGAAAAUUUGAAAAGAAACUUUAACUUAAUUUCUCUUCAACACGGAGCUUUAAAUUUCGCGGCCAUCGUGCUCGAUGACCGCUGACCGAAUGCAACACAUUGUUUUCAUCAGUUGACGGCGGUUACAGUUCUUGGGGUCAGUGGGGUUCCUGUUCUGUGACUUGUGGUGGUGGCACUCGUUCCAGAUCCCGUACAUGCACCAAUCCCCCGCCACAGUUUGGCGGUAACGACUGCUCUGGCCUGGGAUCCAGUUCCGAAAGUGAUGACUGUGAAAGGCAGUGCUGCUCUGGGGGUAAGAACAGAAACGUUUUAGUCUUAAAAUAUUUCCUUCGUUAUCUGCAAGGUACACAUUUAUUACCCUCGAACUUCACAGAAGCGGCAGGAUAAAGUCCCACACCAAACGUUUAAACUUCCUAUAGCUUUUUUAACCGCCAAAGGAUAUUGUUGUUGAUCAACUAAAACUCUGGAAAUGAAACUAGCAGGUAAGAUGCCUUUUACCUGAGGGUUCAAACGGUUUAUGAUGUCCCAUAUACAUGAAGCCAUGAAGUCAAUGUUCCAUUUCAUUCAAUGAUGUUUAUUUGUUAUUGUAGAGAAAGGAGAGACAAUAUCGUUUCUAAAUACCACCCAUAUGACGCUUUUUCGCUACUGAUAUUCUCUAUAGCAUUAUCUUAUUUCAUCAUAAAUGAAAGUAAUCAAAAUCAUGAAGCUCAAGUUAUUAAGCAAGAACUAUUUCAACUAUUUCUUACAAAUGACACUAUUACAGAUUCGUAACGAGUCAUGUGUUACCAGGGAUGGGUUGGGAUCAGGCUCACAAGCCAUGAGAUCGGAAUUAGUGGUGCUCUAAGCAAGGAGACUGGGGAUUCAGUUUCUUUCAAGCAAUCAUUGUGCAUGUACGCAGUUCAUCAAUUCUCAUUAACAGAGGACAAUUAUUUCAACUUCCACCACUAAAUCUAAUAUGACUGUUUCACAUAAAAUGACUACUGACAUAAUCGUCCNCUCGAUGACCGCUGACCGAAUGCAACACAUUGUUUUCAUCAGUUGACGGCGGUUACAGUUCUUGGGGUCAGUGGGGUUCCUGUUCUGUGACUUGUGGUGGUGGCACUCGUUCCAGAUCCCGUACAUGCACCCAUCCCCCGCCACAGUUUGGCGGUAACGACUGCUCUGGCCUGGGAUCCAGUUCCGAAAGUGAUGACUGUGAAAGGCAGUGCUGCUCUGGG